GAUCGAAUUGUUGAGUGUGCACCAAAACUUAGCCUCUUGCUGGAUGAGUGCACUAUGUUAAACAAGAAAAGUGCACUAGUUGUAUACAUAAGAACACAGCUGCCAGAUAUGGACAAACCAAGUAACAUAUUUGCUGACCUGGUUGAACUAAAUGAUUUCUCUGCAGAAGGCAUUGUGUGUAGUUUAUUAUCCGCACUGGAGUGCAUGAAUUUUACCAUGGAGUUUUUGUCUAAAACUCUCAUUGGACUUACAUGUGAUGGUGCGUCUGUUGUGUUAGGACGGAGAAGCGGUGUUGCGAGUAGACUUCAUGCUCUUUUCCCUCAUAUUACUGUGUGGCACUGCUCAGCCCACAGACUUGAACUUGCUGUAAAUGACGUGGUGAAAGAGAUGGAGACCAUCAACCAUUUUAAAAUACUGAUGGACAAGCUAUAUUCACUUUAUAACGCUUCUAACAAGAGCCGUAUGGAGCUGAGAGAGUGUGCAUCCAGUUUGGACGCGGAACUGUGCAAAAUCGGUCGCAUAAUAGACACGAGUUGUGUGGCCUCCAGUUUUAAGACAGUGGAAGCGGUUUGGAACAACUAUCCUGCACUUCAUAAACAUUUUAAGUCGGCAUCGGAAGAUCCCACCCGUGAUGGCGUAACUAAGCAAACGUACAAUGGCCUUGCAUUACGCAUAAGUUCCUGCGCUUUUGUGAACAAUCUGGGUAUGAUGUGUGAUGCACUGCAGGAGUUAUCUGAACUCUCACUUGAACUGCAAAAAAAAGAUGCAACAAUAAUCUCAUCUCAUAAAGCUAUUUGUCGUGCAGUCAGGGUAUUUGACGAGAUGGCGGAGCGACCAGGACGCUUUUCUGAAGUGAGCAAGAGGGGGAUUGAGAGCAAAUCUUUUCUAAGCGUUCCGCUUACUGAAGGAAAAGCCAGUGACAAAGCACUAAAUUUUAUGCAGUUUUUUCGAAGUGUGGCCAAAAACUUAGAACAGCGCUUGUUGUCUCACAGUGAGCGCCUGCCUGACAAAAGUGGCUAUGAUGACUUUAUUGAGGAGCUGCAGGUGCUUUAUCCACAACACUGGCCUGAGGACGCAGGUGUGCUCUAUGGACAGACUGAGGUCGAGUCGCUCUGUCUGCGUUUCAACGUAGACUGUCCCCGCGCAGUGAUCCGUGCCCACAGAGAAUACGUGGAAUCAGGAGGAAAAGACAUCCGUGAUGAACUGAAAGAACUGUUAACAGCUGUGGAUACCAUCCCCAUAUCAAGUGCAGAAUGUGAACGGGGCCUUUCCCAGAUGAAUCUGAUCUGCACCCCAAACCGAGCUUCUCUGCACACUGCCACCAUCUCUGACCUGCUCUUUCUCAAUAUUGUCGGACCUCCUUUGACCAAGUUCAAUCCGAUCCCUUAUGUGAAGUCGUGGGUGGCUAAAGGGCGCAGGACUGCUACUGAGACACGGAGCAAGGUGCGGAGCAGGGAGGAGAAGGAUGAGGAGGCGCAGCUGACCGCGGUGUGGGAUAUACUAAACAAGUAGUAAGCACGAGUCGGAUCCUCGACGCCACCCGUCAUCAGUCCAGCAGGCUUGUCAGCAACCGACCAAUCGGCGACCUCAGUUUGUCCUGAAGUGAACGCCCCUUACCUGCAGGAGCUGCAACCUUGUGGUUUUCCUCCCAACAACAUUGUCGGUGGUGUUUUACAUCAUGAACGCUUUGCAGUCAUGGAGAUUUUGUGAAAAAUCAUCUGAAAAAAUGGUUAAACGUUGUCGGUGGGGAACAUGUAAUUCACACACGUGUUACCCUGAGUGUUUAGAAGGUGGAUACAGUUUAUUUCAUUUCAAAAAUACAUGGUUUAGAAAAAUGUAAAAGAUGAUAAAGGCCGGCGGCCGACCUCAUGAGCUGCUGAAUUGCAUAAAUAGGAAGUACCACAUGUUCGUCUGUAUGAAUGUUAGCACAUGUUCAUCAUAAUAUAUA